AUGCGACCCGCAUUGAUUCUCCGAGAACACCUCGCGUCCGUUCGGUUUCUAUCGCCGAGCCUGCUCUGGACAGCCGCGUUGAUCGCGUUCCGACUCAUCCAGUACACGCUCGAGAGCUACUGGCACAAAUAUGGACCCUGGUUCGUCCGUCCGGAGGUUCAAAUCUCCAACGGAAAGCUUCGCGGGCUAACCCAACGCCUUCCGAACGGUCACCGCUAUCACUUCUUCAAAGGUAUUCCGUACGCGCAACCUCCCGUUGGCGAGCUGAGGUUCAAACCUCCAGUGGCGCUCGAGAAGCGGUUUGAGUCUACGCUGGAUUGCUCCGUCCACCGGAGUGCGUGCCUUCAGCUGAUGUACCCGUUCAACACCUUGCUGGGCGCCGAGGAUGGGCUGUUCCUGAACAUCUACACGACGAAGCUACCCAGUGAGUGCGGCCUCCAAAACCACCUCCUCCCAGUUAUGGUAUACCUUCACGGCGGAGCGUGGCAGGACGGAUCCGGAACGGCGUUCCUGUACAAUCCGCUGACCCUGCUGGAGCAGGACGUGCUCGUCGUAACGGUCAACUAUCGGGUCGGCCCGCUGGGAUUCCUCUGCCUUCCGGAAGCGGGAAUCUACGGUAACAUGGGCCUCAAAGAUCAACGGAUGGCUUUUCGGUGGGUUCGCCAGAACAUUGCCCACUUUGGCGGGGAUCCCGGGAACGUAACGAUCUUUGGCGAAAGCGCCGGAAGUAACGCGGCUCAGAUUCAUUACCAGUCGGCAGAAUCCAGACAGUACUUCCACCGAGUGAUUGGGCAGAGCAUCAGUGGGUUCACCCAUCCGUUCUUCCAGAACGAUCCAACGGAAAAGGCGAAAAAGCUGGCGCGGCUGCUGGGCUGCAAGGGAAGUUUGCCCCAGGAUUAUUACGAAACCCUGAUGACCGCUCCCGCCCGCCAACUCGUCCGGAUGCAAACCUUCGUCGACAGCGGCGAAACCGCUCGUGGUCACGUGUACAAGUUCUACUUCCGGCCCGUCGUCGAGGUUCGGCACGCUCCGGACGCCAUCAUUACGGAACGGCCCGAGGACGUUAUCAAGCGAUACGACACCCUCACGAUGCCCAUCAUGACCGGUGGUAACAGUGCUGAGGGUGCGCUGGGAGCGUUUGAACUGCGAGGUCGCACGGCGCAGUACGAUCGACGCCCGGAAUGGUUGGUGUCUUUGCUGUUGGAUGAUGUGGUGGUGCCGGACCGGGUUGGGUUGGGCGAGUUGAUCAAGCGGUUUUACUUUGGGGAUGCCCGGAUCGACGGGAGUAGUGUUCAGCAGUUUUGUAAUCUUAGCAGUGAUGCAGACUUUUUGAUUCAUCAGACGGUCACGGCCGAGUGGCUGGCCCGGAAUCAACCCAGAAAUAGUGAAGAAGCUAAAGUAAGAAAUUUGAUGACCAAACUGUGGACCAACUUCGCCAAGUAUGGAGAUCCCACGCCGGAGGGCCACGGAACCACCGUCAAAUGGACUCCGGUUAAAGGCUGUGACCGGCAAGGAGAGCAGCAGUUUGAGCUGGACACCCUGAUGAUUGAUCAGAACCCACGAAUGGUCCAGUAUCCUGACUGGCAACGGCUACAGCUGUGGCGAGGCUUAUUUAGGAAGUACAAGAAGGGAUAUUUGUACGAAGAAAGGGAAGAAACACCGAAAGUUUCAUAG